CAACAUAACAUAAGGUCGAAAAAGAAGAAAACUCGACCGAACGAUUUCAUCUCUCUCUCUCUCUCUCUCUCUCUCUCUCAUGGCGCCCUCAUCUCCGUCUUCUUCGUCGUCUUCGUCCUCCUCAUCUUCUUCCCGGUCUUCUCGUCGAAAUCGUCGUCGUCGCCGCAGAGACGGAGACUCUCUCAAGAUCCGUAAGAAGAACCGUACACGAUCGAGGAAGAAGCGAAAGCACCAUGCCUCUGACGGUAGCGCCUCUUCCUCUACCGAAAGCUUCAGCACUAGUGAGAGCUCUUCUGACAGUGAAUAUGAGGUGUCUAAUCAUCCAAGGAAGCGCAAACAGCAUGAAAGGUCAAAGAAGAUCAAGGAAAAAGAUAGAGGCAAGGCUCACCGCCACAAACAUCAGAAACACAAACUUAAAGAGAAGGAGCAGACUGAGAGGAGUAGCAGCCCUGUUCAGCUUUCCAAGUUCUUGGGGCGCGACAAAGAAGACGGUGUUCGCCGCAGUGCUGUAUCUGGUAAAAAGAUUCAAUUGAAGCUUGAGAAAUCAAAGGAGGAUAAGUUGGCAGAAAACAACCGGAACGAAUUGCUGAAGUUCUUGAAUGCUAGUUAUGAUUGAUUUGUGUGGAUGGUUGUGUUUCUCAUUUGGACGGGAUCUUGGGCUGUUUCAGUUGUUGGAGUUGUUGUAACAGUCCAUAAAGUCAAGCCAGCUGCUGCAGAUGAUGCUUAGGCAUUAUGCCUUAGAAACUGCAGAACUUUUCUCUUUGAUUUUGAUUUGGAACUAAUUGUCAUCUGCGUAUUCACACAUCUUGUAUUCCAUCAAUGAUGAAUGAUUCGGCAGAAUGCAUUUGCGAUUUUCAA